AUGAAAAUUCACUGAAAUUCGGGUGUAAAAUCGUGAAAAACUCUUGGAAAAGCCAAAUGCAAGACGACGUGGCUUCAGGAAAAAGUGGCAGCGGAAAAUGUCAAACAAACUAAAUGCCUCAGAACUCAAGGACAUUGACAAAUUUAUCAAAUUUUUGAUCAUCAAGGCGACGCAAGUCAUUGUUCAAUCACGAUUGGGAUCCAAAAUCAGGACUGAACACAAUUCGUCGGGAAAUGACUGGUUCAAUAUCGCAAUUUGUGACCAUCAGGACGUGCUAAGUGAAACAAGGAAAGCACUGAACCUCAGCAGCAAAGCAGGUGAAUCGAUAAUUAAACGUCUGCCACUUUGCGUGGAAAUUUCCCUUCAAACGGUUGAGGGUGAUAAGAUGAUAUUGGAGGUCUGGUCGCUGAGCAUUCACGUAGACCAAGUCGAUCCAACGCUAAAAGCCACAUACGCCAUUUACAAUCGCAUGGGAAUUCUGCUGAAAUCCCUGCUUGCCGUUACACGAGUUACGCCCGCAUACAAAUUAUCACGUAGACAAAGUCCGGAUUCGUACCACAUCUACUAUCGCAUCUACUGUGGACAACCGCAAGAACACAAUUUAGGUGAGGGGUAUAAGCAAGUUCGAGUCGGUCAGUUGGCAGUGCCAUUAGGAACGUUAAACAUGGCUGUUGCAUAUCGGACGACAAAUCAAAUGACUAUCACACCAACACAAACAAUUGGGCGCGAUAGCACCACGCUCAUACUGAAAAGUAGCGAUCCGCAUUGGAACUUGCAUCAGGAUCUAAGCCCGGCUCACAGAUACCAAAACUACGGAGGCAGCAAAAAAAGUGAAAAGAAAAUUAUUGAUAUCGACAAACCGAUGAGAUGCGGAGCCUUUGUUGAUGUUUCCUCUGCCAAACAAUACACAGAAGCAGAUUUUUCGCUACCGGAAACCCCUCCAUUCAGCUGGCUCCUGCGAAAACCUUCAACAACGACCGCGCCAUCCGCGUCAUCACCCAGUAGCAGUACUACCACAUCACAAAACCACAAAGAAAGUGAUGAAACCUCACAAAAACAAGGCACCUCUCCAAGUCACCAAUCCACAGCAACGACAACAAGUCGGUGGCGAACCUUACCCGCUGCCGAAGACGAAAAACUCUUCAAAGAGCUCCAUUUCCCGUUUGCCACGCAAAAUACGCCAAUAAGUGACUUGGCGAAAUUCUACCGGGAGUGCUUCAAUGCGCCGCCUUUGCAGUUUGCCGAGCUCGAUAACAGUCCAACGUCGACGGUGGAUGUCGUCGAUGGUAGUUCAGGUGCCAAUAAUUCCGCCACAGAUGCCGCCGCCGCCACAGAGACGAUCGAGCGGUGCAGCAGCAUUAACGACCUAACGAAACAACUGGAACAGUUUGAAACGUCGCUCGGGGACUACGAUAAGUUAGUUACGUCGCUGUGUCAACAAAAUACCGAAGUAGACAGCAAUUCGAACAGUUAAGUCCGCGCGGGAAUGCGUCCCACGGACAAGAAAUAAGUUUAAGGGUGAAAAGAGUUUUCAUAUCAAUUUUUGUUUGGCAAGAAAAAAAAAAUCGAGAAAAGAAAGACAUUUAACGAUAUUGCAAAAAAAACAAAAAAAAAAGUUUACCCAGGUAACAAGGUACUGUUCCUUUAUUUCUUAGAAAAUGAAUUAUUUUAUAGCUUUUUUUUCACUAAAUCGUAAGAAAUUUAUAUAUUUACCGGAUAUUCAGAAUGCUAAAGCAUUUAUAUAUUGGCCAUAAAAGUGUUUGCUUGCUCAUUAACGCUUAAAAUAACGUACGUUCGUUGGUGAAAUGUACCACGUACAACAAGAAACCAGAUAAAUUUUUGAUUUAAUAACGCGUGGAAGCCAAAAACAAAGAAUUAUUUUAUAAAAAAAAAACAAACAAAUGUAUAAAGUUGUUCGAAAUCGUGUUUCUGAGUGGCAAAAAGUUGACUCGUACGAUAAGAACGUUCUAUCGGAGACCGACAGGUGAUAGAUAAGACGAUAAGUCUGACGUUUUUUGAUGAAGAAGAAACCAGAAAAUGGAUCAAGUAUGGACCCUUGAUAAGAUUUCGAGCAACCUUAUUGUUGUUGACAAGACUGAAUGUGUUAGAAAUCAUGAAAAAAUACUAAAAAUAAACUAUUGGAAGAAAAUAUAUUUUACAAAGGCUUUAUUGGAAGUUAUUAUUGUUUAUAAAAAAAAAAAUAAAAAACACUUUAUAUGAAUAAAAAAUAAAUAAAUUUAAAAAAAA